AUGAAAAGGCCAGAGUCGAAGGCCAACAACACGCAAGAACAACUGUUGAACAGCUCUGAUACCUGUCAUCCAGAUUUCUUGAGCCUUACCAUGAUGUCCAGCUGUGUGUCAAGCAUGUCAUUGUUAGGAGCAGGGCAGAAGAGUGAACCCACGAACCAACAUCGCUUCGCUAGGCCGCCACUCGCGAGAAAUUCGAUAUGCAAUGAGGUCCAUGCUUAUCGUAUCUGGUACACACUGUACAGGGUGAUGGUCAAGUCAAGCAGCAUCGACGAGUCAUCCCUACAUGACACGGUACUUGAGUGCAGCCAACAUGAGUGA